AUGUAUACCAGUAACAUACUUUUCUCUAAAGAUCUCAUCUCUCCUAAAGUUCAAGCAGCAUUACCUAAAGGUUAUUCUAUUAGACCAUUAGCAAAUGAUGACUAUGAACGUGGUUUCCUCGACGUACUAUCGGUUCUCACCGUCAUUGGUGAUAUUUCUAAAGCGCAAUUUCUCGAACGAUUUCAUUAUCUGAAAGCACAUAAUCAUGAAUAUUUUACUCUCGUGAUUGUUUCUCCUGAGGAUCGAAUAGUAGGGUCUGGGACAAUUUUUGUUGAACGCAAGUUUAUCCGUAACACUGGAUUAGUAGGACAUAUUGAAGACAUUGCUGUUGACAAGAAUCAGCAAGGCAAGAAACUUGGUUUAAGAAUUAUCGAAGCUCUCAAAUAUAUUGGGGCUCAAACUGGAUGUUAUAAAGUUAUUCUAGACUGUUCUAAACAGAAUAUUCCUUUUUACGAGAAAUGCGGCUUUACCCAUAAAGAAUACGAGAUGGCCUGGUACUGCUCAGAUGAAUCCAAAGCUAAAUUAUAA